CCGCGAACCGGAAGCGGAAGUGUGGUCCGACGUAGGUGGAGGUUGAAAGAAAAGCGGCAGACAGACUGAAAGAAGGAAACUGUGCGCUUUGGUUCGCAGGGGUUGACAAACUGAAGUUGGUGUUUUGGACUGGGGAGGGAAAGCGGGACGUUAGCCCCGAGCCGUGACGUCACAGGAACGUGACGUUGUUAGCCUUCCACGGGUUCUGUCCGGUCGUGAGCAGAGGAAGAACGGGCCUCUGGGUCUAACAUGGAACUAGAAUACUGUCUAGUUCUCGGUGAAACAGGAUCCCUAUGAAUUAUUCAAACCAACUUAGAAAAAAUACGUCAUCAAUCCCUAAAGAAUGAGUUUCCUGGACCUCCUUUCUCCUCCCCAGUCUCCUUCACCUGCACCUCUUCCACUUCCAUCCUCUUCAAUCAUUUGUUGCCCUGAACUUGACCUGUCAGUUACAUCGAGCCCCGCCCCCAACCUUCUCCACACAAAGAUGAAGCCCCGGAGUGAUUGCUCACAAGGAGCACCUGGAAGGAGAAAAACCUCAAAGGUGACGUUCGUAGAGCCGGCUGUCGUCGAAGGAUCGCAAAAGCCUUCUGUCACUGCUGCUCAGCAGUCAGGGAGGAGGCAGAGACGGAUCAAAGGGCGUCACCAUGCCCUCAGACCUUCACCAGAACCUUCUGCAACCAACCAAGACCCAAGCUGUCUGGAGAGGGCGGAGCUAAACACCACUCUGGCUCUGAAGGCGGAGCUUCAGUCAUUGAAGGAGGCGGAGUUUAACUCCCAGAGGGCUCUUCAGGAGACUCUGCAGAAGUCUGAGAGAACCAAGAACCUGAUCAAUGCCAGAGCCACUGAAGUGGUGAACAUCUCCCGCUCUCAGCUCCUCUUCAACUCUCUGGUGAGCGUGGAGGUGCAGCAGGAGCAGCUCCUCAGUCAGGUCCUGAAGGAGCGGCUGCAGCUCACCCCCACGGCCAGCUGUCAGCACAGCUUCAAAGAAGACAGGCCAACACUGCUCUUCUUCAAGACCAGCCACCUUGUUCAACAGAAGCCCCUCCCACCAGAGGAGGGGCUUUUCAACGGUAAACAGCUUCCGUCACCACGUCCCAUCUGGUUUACCUUUGAUUUGUACAGACGGCAGAGAUGCUGGGAGGCAGCGCCGUGACACGCAGGACGUCUGCACACUUCACUAGUUUCCACUGUUUUUCUCAUUUCUGUUUUUUUCAAUAAAGUUUUUUAUUACACACUACAGAAUAAAAGCUCAUAGGAACUGGAA